AUGUCAUUGCGCAACACAAAGACGGGGUUCUCCGUGAAGGACCUCCUGGACCUGCCCGACACGAAUGAUGAAGGAUCUGGGGCUGAGGAGACUGAUGAGGACACCACCGAGGAAACUACCGGGGCUAAUGUGCGAAGGCUCCCCGAAAGUGGCCGGCAAUUAUCCCUCAGCACCUUGUGUAUGACAAGUGGAAUGGACAACCUAUCAGAAGACACACAACAGGAUUUAAAAUCUCCAGAGCUAUCCACGGAUGAGUCUCAAGACAAUGAUAAAGAGUCCUCUGGAGACAACAGCGAUGCGACCAAGAGGAGAAAGCGAAGGGUUCUGUUCUCCAAGGCGCAAACCUAUGAACUUGAGCGGCGCUUCAGGCAGCAGCGGUACCUCUCGGCGCCAGAGAGAGAACACCUCGCCAGUUUGCUGCGCCUCACCCCAACCCAGGUCAAAAUCUGGUUCCAGAACCAUCGCUAUAAAAUGAAGAGGGCCCGGGCCGAGAAGGGAGUGGACAUGUGCCACCUAGCCUCUCCGCGGAGAGUGGCCAUUCCUGUUUUGGUUCGGGAUGGGAAGCCGUGCCAUGCGCUCAAACACCAGGACCUUGCGUCUCUGCAGGCCGGAAUAUCAUUCUCCCCCUUCAGUGCUCAACCUCUUCACCAAAUGCACAUCAGCAGUCACCUCAGCCCGGAGGCCAUUUCACAACUUUCAACGGUCCAUCAGUUGGCACAGCUGCAACGCUGGUCUUGGUGAGGCACUAUGAUGGGCAACGUUCAGUUUAAAAGAAGAGGAGACAUAACAUGAUUAAUUGCAAAGGCAAAGCACUGUAAUAUCUCCGUAUUCGUCCAUAUACAAGGCUUUUUCACUUGUGGUCGUUACCAUUGCU